GACAAAGCACCCGGCCCGUCUCUAUCAGUCAGAGACAGCGCUACUGCUGUACGGGUCUGUCUUGGACCAGGUGCACCUUUUUUUGCUUCUUCGGACGCUGUCCAACCCCAUCGUGAUGGCGAAGCCAGAAGACUACGGACCGAUCCUCAACGGAGUGAUGUGGUUUCAGGUCAUCAUCUCGUCUAUUUUCAUCGUGCUGCGGCUGUAUACUCGCUACUUUAUCAUAAGGAGUCUAGGCUGGGACGACCUCGUGAUGACAGUGAAUCUGGUGACGUUUAUUGCAUUCAUUGCGACAACGUCAGUAGGUAUCAGCUAUGGGGUUGGCAAGAAGACGGACGAUAUCGUACGCCUUGGACUCGACAACUCGAAAGCCAUCUUCUGGGAAGCCAUUGGCCAGGGGAUAUGCAUUAUGGGCAUUGCUGUGUCCAAAGCCGCGGUCGCUCUAUUCCUGCUGAGAAUUGUGCUGCGACGGUGGCACAUCGCCCUCCUCUGGAGCGUGAUAGUUAGCACAGCAAUCUUCAGCACUAUCACCACCACGCUCCUCUUCGUCCAAUGCAAACCCGUCGCCUACCUCUGGGAUCCCACCAUCCCCGGCGGCCACUGCCCCAUAAACUUCACUGAUGUUGGCCUAUCCAUGGGCGCCUGGUCCGCCAGCAUGGACUUCGUCCUGGCCAUCCUCCCCUGGCCCGUCGUCAUGGGCCUAAACAUGAAGCGCAAGGAAAAGAUAACCAUUGCGUGCGGGCUCAGUCUAGGUGUCUUCGCCGGCGCAUGCAGCGUCGUGCGCACCGUGGAGCUGCGCUCGCUCGCGAACAAAGAGAACUACGUCCACGACACCUCUCCCAUGCUCCUGUGGUCCUCCUCCGAGAUCUGCCUGACCAUCAUCUGCGCCUGCAUCCCCGUGCUGCGCCCGCUGUACGUGCGUCUCGCGUACGGCUCGCGCGGCGACUCGAGCGGCAACUCCGGCGCCACGGGCAGCGGGUUCAAGACGCGCUCGUACCCCAUGGCGGCGUAUCGCAAGACGGGCGACGGCAAGGGGAGCAGCAGCCGCGUGUUCUCCGGCCAGGGCGGCGGCAUGCGUACGUCGGUGAAGCUCGCGAGUGACAAUGCGAGCGAAGAGACGAUUCUGAGGGACUGUGGGAAGUAUGGGGUCCCCGAGCGCGCGGGCGAUGAGGAGAUGGGGAUCCCGCCGUCGGGGUCGGGGGUGCGGUUGCACAAGGGGGAUAUUCGGGUUACGACGACCGUCGAGGUGGAGGAGAACGUGGGCGAGAAGUUUGUCGUGUAGGGCGCUGUGGGACGCAGCGGGUAAGCGUGUUCUUAUGAGGUAUGAGGUAUGAGGCUGGGCAUUGCGUGGAGUUUGUCGUUUGUCGUUGCAUUCGCAGGUCGGCGUGG